AUGGCCCUUCUCAGGACCGCGUACCUGCUUGUUGGUGCGUCGAGGUUGCCAUUGAUACUGCUCUUCUCGCCUCCGCUGCGCCAAAGUUCAUCAUUGUUCCAGACAGACGCGCAACAGAUCCUCAACCCCAGCGCCAUCGGACAUCAGCUCCGCGACUCCGUGCCACCGAUCUCCAAGAGGCGUAACGAUGCCGCACCAGUGUCGUCUGCGAAGCAAAGGGACGUCAAGCGACGUGGCUUUAACGCUAUAAUUCGCUGGUGUGCCUACCACCAAGACACGGAGAGACUUGGCUUAAUGCAUGGAGGGAAUCUGACGGGGGAAAUAGCUGGCAUGGAUUCGAGCGUGCUGCGGUGGGUGCAGGAGAGUAUCGACAGCUUUUCCUGUGGUCAGUGUUUGGUUCUGCUGUCCUUCUUGUGUGACGUGCUCGAUCGCCAAAGGAAGGUAGCUGAGGGGAAUGCCCCCACAGAAACGAUGCCAAGCGAGUUUAUUAGGGGAUUGUGUCGCUGUAUUUCCCUCUUGACAGCACACACAACGUGCAGUGAGCAGCUGAAGAUUCAGCCCUUCUUGAUUCUCCUCUCCGCCGCCUACGGGUUACACCGUGUGACCCACAACAACCCACUGAAAUUGCCGUCCGAAACUCUGGAGACUCUCUCAGCUCCGCCGGCACUGUGGCUUGCGCUUGUGCACCAAGUGAAUCUCUAUUGCAGUACCACGGCGCAGGAGCAGUCGAGCAUACUCGAGAGCACUGCAAUUGAAGCUCUGCUUACCACACUUCUCCUCUUCGACCCAUUGCGAUGCCAGCAGUUUCUCGCCGCCCCUGAUCUAUCUCUCAUCGCAACAGUCACCAGGCGCCUCGAUGCACUGAUCGUGCCCGUUUUGAAGGCGACUCGGCAGGAAUGUAAGCAGGCUCCCAGCGGAGCGGCGCCGGGAGUCGCGCACCUCAAGCCGGGGGUUUCCCCAGAAGCGCAGUUGCCAAGUGGUCUCGAGGAGUAUGUGACCUCGUCGAACACCACGGCGUCGCUUGUGCCGAUGCCGAGUCGUGUUUGUAUGUCGGACUUUGCGCGUAUAAUUUUGAACGCACGCACCGCGCCGCCCGCGUGUCGAGUAAAUCUGAUGGAGUACCUGCUGUGCGUCCUGCGCCAUCCCUCAACGUUCUCCAUGGAGGAAAACCGCUACUUACCGGCCAUCAUGUCAGCCGUGCGAAGUCGGAAUUUAUGCCGGAUGAGCGGGGUACCGGAUGACAUUAUAAAGCACUCGACUACCAUGGAAUUCGAUGUUCUCGCGGAGGUACUUUGCUAUACAAAACGCAGAUCUCUGUACCGCGAUAAAAUUUACCAGAUGCUGCGCAGUCGCUUUCAGCGAGACGAUGGUACCGACGACUUGGCAGAGUCACAACUAGCGCCUAAUGUGGCACUGUCGUUACUACUGAGCCUCGGGUUGCAGUUACCGUGGUCGCUGUGUCGUCAACUCCUCUUGUACAGCCUGACAGUGGCGCCAGAGGUACUCAGAAAGAUGCAGACGACAGCGAAGGGGGGCGAAGAGAACGAUGCGACUCUACGGAGGGCGGAGAACUCGCCAUCCUCGAAGGUGCCACUCUCACUCGAUCUCUGUGCGAUCCUUUAUUUCCUAGGGAAGUGCCAUCAGUCUCUGAAUUCAGCCCAGCACUUGGAACAGGCGAUACCAGAGGCAAGAACGGAGAUAAACCAGAUGAUAAGAGCGCUUGUCUGCUCCAUUGACUGGAAAGGGUGUACCGUGAAGAACCUCGGCGAAUCGACCCGGAGUAAAGGGAACUUUAUCCUGGUAGGCGUUGCGGCGUUGGGUGCGCUGAGUGCGUACGUGGACGGCUAUUUUAUGCAUCAAUGUCUGUCGGACGACGAUACCAUGGACGAGCGUGUCUUGUUCAGCGUGUUGGUGCUCCCCAUCCUGAAGGACCGGACACCUCAGCGAGUGAAGAUGGAGUCUCUCCCCAUCCUUGCCAAGGCAGUAGGGCUUUUCACGACGGAAGAGACCAAGCGGCGCUUGGUAACGCACAUGAUCCGUCUCAUCAGCGAUGGACAUUUUUACAGCUUUUUCGCCUUUGUUCGCUUCGUCGCCCCUUUAGCAAUCGAGUUCAAGGCGACCACGUCGGAGCACAUAGCGCUUGUCUUUCGCCAGCGUGUCCUGUCCGUCCGUGGAAUUCCAGAGCACAUCCUUCGACAUGCGGAUGCGCUAAAGGUGCAAACCACGAUGCUCCUUCGCACUGUGCGCUACGUGAUCGCCAUCGGGGCGCUCGAUAGCGGGAACACUGCCGUUAAUGCCGCCCGUCGCGAGUCGGUGCGAGUGUGGUUUGAGCAUUACCUGCAGUGUCUCGCGACAACCGAAAAGAGCAACAAGAACACGGCGCUGACGACGGACAGUGCCCUUCAGGCCGAAGCGCUUUCAAGCGCAGGCGAGACGAGUUGUGUGGUAAAUAGAGAAAAACAGACGCCGCUCAUCGCAGAGGAGGACAACCCGCCGGCUACUGACAAAAGCACCGAGGAGGACUUCGAGGACGCGGAUGACGCACCAGAUGAACACAGGGCUGACACUAACGACGCACGCAUCGCCCUCGACGCCGCCUUCACGACGUCCGUGACGGACGCGGAUGUGGAAGAAGUAUUGAGCCUUAUGCUACAGGUGGGGUGCAGACAGCCGUAUCGUGUCAUGCUUGUCGCAGCUCGCCGCUUGACGGAGCGUGCGUCGAUGAUAGCAGAGGAUCAAGUAUCCCCAGUUUGGUGUACAGCUGCCCCAGCGAUGUCCGGGGACGGAAACAGGAAGGUCAGUACGCAGAAUCACGCGUGGUCAGAGCCAACGAUGAAUAGCGACUCCAUCGCUACCGCAGGAGAUGAGCACAGUUGCCCCGCGUUGCUUAGCGUGCCACCUCUCGCCGCGCACUUUGUCUGUGCCGUUCGCAUUGACUUCGCCAUCGCACUUCCCUCGAUGCUUCCUACCUUCGUGAGCGCCCUUCUUGCCAGGUGUGACAUUCGAAUUUUCUACCACGUCGUUUCUGCCAUUUUGAUGGCGGUCAAGAGGCGUCGUAGAGUGCCCGCCUUGAGCGAGGACCUGCAGAUUGGCGUCAUCGCCUUCGGGACCUUGCAGCGCCGCCUCGCCAUGGGGCACCUUGUAGACAGCCAGGAGCAGAGCGCCACAGUUUUGAAGCUGAUCGUCAGCUUCUUACAUCACCUCACGCUAGCGGUGCCGCACCUCUGUGUGGCGCAGCUGGCGUUUCUUCUGGCCAACAGCCAGCGCGGCACCGCGAGUACUUUGGUAUCGAACAACCGAGCUUCGAGUCAACUCGAUUGCAUGGCAGGUCUGUCAAAGGAACUGCAGGGCGUUGUGCCCCAAGACGAAGCGGAGCCAGGCGACCUGGACGACGCUGUGGACGACAAGGAUGUAUUUGAGAGUCACGUCGCAAUCCAUGCCGAGUUGGAGGCCUGCCUCCUCCGCCUCGUCCCGUAUCUUGGAGCUGUCGAGCUGAAGCAGAUAGGCCUCGCCCAUCUGCAGAGGUUGUCCCUCUUUUUCCCUCACGCGUCACCGUUUGUGGCACAGCAGCUGCAGCCACAGCUAAGCGACUUCAGCCAGCGGGAAUUGCUGCAGCUGGUCGCGCAGUACCCUGCCGGGACCGCUGAAGUGCUGGCGUUGCUUUCCAAGACUGAUCUGUAUGCCAGUAUCGAUCUCAACGACUACGUCACAAUCGCGAAGAGGCUGCCAAUGCAGAUCAACGAGGUGAUUGUUGCAGCGCACCUGCCUCACAUGACCAUCGCCUGGAUUGCCCGCGUGCUCUCCGCAUUGGCAGCGCGUCAUGAGGAGGUGCCGAUGCGACUGCUGCGAAGUUUGCUGUAUCGGGUAUCGGCGGUGGCCGAGGACGCCAGCGAGUCAGACAAGAGCCUGCUCAUGAUGGUACUGCAGGGGUAUCUCCUCUUCCGCAGCGAUCGUGGCACCCUGGUGGAGCGGCUUGCCGAAAUGAAAUCAGCGGCAGCUGAGAGCAGCAUUUCGCACAUAGACGACGUGCUCUGGUCAAUGACAUUGACGGCGCACAAAGUUGAGGAGGGAGAACAGCAGGAGCGUCGGGAGCUUAUUCGCACUUCCUUCGAUCGUCUCCUCUCUCUUGAGCACAUUUCCACCCUUGAUGCGCUGCGGGUUUUUCUCAUAUCAUAUCCGACCUUCCUGCACCAAAUACGUGAGCAGGGCGUUGUGGCGAAGGUCGAGCAGCAACUCCUGCCCAACAUUCUGGCGACCACGCCCGUCCAGUGGCGCGAGCUGGCGGCGCUGGUGCAGCUGCUAGCAGAGCACCACGUCCUCUUGCCAUCCACCGUAGACAUUCUCCUGAAGUCGGUCUUCACCGCGGCACAGCUCACCAGCCUGUAUAAGGCCGUCAUGGCCUCUUCAGAUAGCAAUACCGUCUCGGCCUUGGAGACGCUCCUCCAAAUUGCUGCGAAGUGCGCGGAGGCAGCAGCGCCAGGACACUCGCCGUUCCCUCUUCUACCAGUGACCGAACUGGUGCUGAGCAUCUUCAACGCCGUUCAGCACUGGCUAGCCGCCGUCACAGGGCUGCUCGUCACCACCACCUCAUCCCUGUCUGCCUCGGAAGAGACAACCGGUCGUCACAUAUGUCGGAUGCUCCUGAACCGCAGCGACGAGCUGAAGCCGAGCGAGUUUGCGCGACUGGUCCAGAGCAUGAGUCGGCUAAAAGCGUGGGAUCUGAUGGCGAUAGAGUCGAAGCCAAGUCCAGCAGGCACCGCCACUGCUGCUGCGGGCGAAAGUCUUGCCUUUGACAGAGCGCUAGCCUCGUGCUACGAACGCGCCGACGCCCAUAGUCGCUGCAUUCUCCUCAAGGCCAUCGCCAUGGACACAUCCGUCUUGCGCCGCUUCGAGACCAUCGUUUUCCCUCCUAUCCAAAACGAUGUCCCACUGCUCCCGUCCGAGGACCUAGAGCUUGUUCUCACCGCGGUGCUGCAGGUCAGCAAUGAGGCAAUCGUGGAGCCGGUGCUGGACGCCAUCGACACUCGGAUGCUUCCCAUUCUUGAUCAGUGCCGUCGCAGCGCCAUCGUACGUCUUGUGCAGUGCCAUGCUCACUUCAGCAUCAACGACGAGAUCGUUGUGACGGCAGCGCUACAGGCCCUCGAGCGCCAGGCUACCACCGAGGUGAAGCUGGACGUCUCGCAGCUGCUUAGCAUACUGCAGGCGGUUGCCAGCCUGACUGUGUCACAGCUGCCGGAGCGACUUCUUGUUCUAUGCUUUCAACGGCUAGAGAAAAUGGCGUCGAUGCUGACCCCGCUUCAGCAGUAUCAAGUAGGCCGGCUAAUCCUCGACUUGGAGAUGGGCUACAGUAGUAGCGUAAGUGCGUUGGUACUCCAUAUCCUGGACAGCCGAGAUGGCGUACGCGGACAUAAGCAGUUCCAGGCUAUGACAGAGGAGCUGUGUGACGUGUUUGAGGUCGAACUGCCGGCUCAGCUUCGCGCGUGCCGACUGCGAAAGGUGAGGAACAAGCAGCGUGUCAAAGAUUUUUGGUCCGCUCAACGCAGGCUGAAGCAGCAGGCCAUGCUGCACCACUGCCAGCACUGA